UAUUAUUUAAAGAUAAUAAUGGUUUUGCUAAACAAUCGGUAUAUGUAUUUUGAGCGAGAUUUUUUGGGAGAAGGUUCUUAUGGUAAGUUGUAUAAGGGAAAAGAUACAAAAACUUAAGAAGAAGUUGCAAUAAAAAGUAUUAAUUUAUCGUUAUUGAAAAAGUCUUUGAUCUCACAAAAAUGGAAGGAGUUGAAUUAGAUUUGUUGGAUACAGAGAUAGCUAUCAUGAAAGAGUUAUAGCAUCCGAAUAUCGCAAAAAUAAUAGACAGUUUUAAACUACCUCCUAAAAAUAUGGUAUAUGACAUAACAAUUAGAUAAGGUGAUAAUUUUAGAGUUAUGUGAUGGUGACUUAAAUAAAUUAAUGAAAAAACAUGGAGGAAAAUUACCUGAAUAAGUUGCUUAAAAUGCUUUAGCUUAAUUAAUGGAAGGGUUCAAAUACAUGAUAAGCAAAAAUUAUAUACAUAGAGAUGUUAAACCUGCUAAUGCAUUGUCAAAAGGAUCUGUUUUUAAGGUUUCAGAUUUUGGUUUUGCUGGAAAAGUCAAUGUUAAAGGCAGAUAAAAAUUAGAUUUAUUUUGUGGAACACCAAUCUAUGAAGCUCCAUAAAUAUUAUAAAUGAUUCCAUAUACAGCUAAAUGUGAUAUAUUUUCAAUUGGAGUUAUGGCUUUUGAAUUAGUUUAUGGAUAAUUUCCUUGGUCUAAUAGAGCAGGGGAUGAGCAACUGUUAAAAAAUAUUUAAAAUGUUCCUUUAAGAUUUCCUGUUGAUAUCAAAGUAUCUGAAUAAUAUAAAGAUUUCUUAAAAAGAAGUUUAGAGUAUGAUGAAGAUAAAAGAAUUGAAUGGGAAGAUGCUUUUAAUCAUCCAUUAUUUAAGCUUUAAGAUAGUCAAAGGAAAUAUGUAUAUUAGUUGAAUAUUAAAUAUUUUAGGAUUCAUUUAGAGUACCAUAAGCUGCAAAAGAAUUAUUAGGAUAAUUAUAAAAAGUUGCAUAAGCUAGAGAAGUUAAUAUUCUUUAAAUGUUCGAAAAAUAUGAUGCUGAUAAAAGUCAAAAAUUAGAUAGAAAUGAAUUCUAUUUAUUUAUUUUAUAAUUAGAUCCAAGAUUAACUAGAGAAUAGACUACAUUAAUUUUUAAGGUUAUGGAUAAAAAUGGUGAUGAAAUGAUUUCAUUAGAUGAAUUCAAAGAAAUCUUUUGCAAAUAUGAAUUUAUUAAUACUGAUAAAGCUGAAAGAAUCAUUAUUGAUCUAAAAGAAGUUGUUAAAGCAAGAAAAUUAAAUAUAGAUUAAUUUUUUAAGACUUUUGAUUCAUCAAGUGAUGGUAAACUUAAUCCUCAAGAAUUUACAUAAUUUAUUAAAUAAUUAGCUCCGGGUCUGAAAUAAGACGAAGUUGAUGAAGUGUUUAAAAGAUUUGAUAAAAAUAAUGAUAAAGAAAUUACUUUUACAGAAUUUAAAGAUUAAUUACUUGAAGGCACUUCAUUUGAUUCAAAAUUUGAUCCUGAAAAAGAAAGAGCUACAGUAUUAAAUUAUUCUAUUUUAGAAAUUAAUAAGUGAUUUAAAGAGGAUUGUCAAAACAAGUUAAAGUAAUCCAUAAUAAAUUUUUAAUAAUUUUGAUAAAAAUAGAAGUGGUAAAUUAGAAUUUAAUGAAUUCUAAAACAUUUGUAAAAUCAUUGAUAGAAACAGCACUAUCGAAGUUGAAAAAGUCAUGUUUGAUUUAGUCAAUAAAUCAAAUGGGUAAGGAAUUACAUUUUAAGAUUUUCAGUAAAUAUUUUAAUGACAUAAUAAUCAUAAGUAUUUGCAAAUAUAAUCAAAAU